CUGAGGUGGGUCUUUUUUACGCUGUCUGCCCUCACUCCAUUUGCUCUUUACUGUCAGGACGCAAUGAGGUUAACAGCACGGUGCAUUUUUGGGACCCUGCUGGCCGUCUCUAGCCUCUCUUGGAUCACAGCUGCCUCUGGUGAAGAAGACUUCCAAGAGGAUAAGGGAUUUGAACCUUGUGCUGCAACCCUAACACCUGAGGGUCCAUGCAAACAUGAGGAGGAGACCACGUGUCCUUACCUAGUCACCCUGCCACUACUGACUAUCAAUUUGCCAAUGCGGCUCAGAGAACUGGAGCAGAUCCUUGAAGAUCUCCAGAAGCUGAAGGACAAUGUGGAUCAGCUGAGGAAGAUAUGUGCAGAUUGUACAGUAAGCCAAACUGAGAGAGAAUGUGGCAGUCAAACAGAAAGAGAGCAUGAAAAGCUGCAUGAGGAUAUAGAUACACGUGAGGAUGGGAUGAUUUUGAUGAAUGAGACCAAUGCUGAGAUACAAAAAGAGAAUGAAAGAGAUUUAAGGCAUGAGUGUGGGAUUAAUAGGGUUAAAACUGAAAACACUGCAAAAAGUGACGGUGAUACUGCAUCUGAAAAAAGAGACAGUUUGAAAGAGAAUGAAAGAAAAACAUGGGACUUGAAAAGGGAAACCAGUAAAACAGUCGUAAAAGAAAAUGAGAAAGAGGAAACCCUGAGAGAAGUGCCCGAAAAAGAUGGAAAAACCCAUAGAAAGGUAGACGGGGUAAAAGGGAAGGGCAAACUGGUACAGACACAGGUGCCGACAGCUGGGAAGAAUGAGGGAAGAGUGGAAAGAGAAGAAGUUGUUGAUAAAAAUCAUGAGGAGACAGAGACAGACAGAAAUAAAGUAGACAAUUCAAAGGGAUCCCAAGAAGAUACGUCAGAGAAAAAACAUCCCAGUAAAGUUACAAACAGAGAAAAAACAGAAGAAAGUGACCAUCACGUGUGGCAAGAUGAGACAAAAGAAACAGGGAAAAAGACGCAGACUGAAGACGACAGGACCGGAGAUAGAAUAAAGAUGUCAGUGGAUGAUGACGAGCAUACAAAUGAGGACCGAGAGCAACACAGGGAGGAGAGAAAAAAGGAAAUGGCAAAGGAGGUAAAAACACAGGAAAAUAAAGAGAAACCAAAACAGACGGAAGACACUCAGCUCACAAAAAAAGAAAAGAUUGUUAAAGAGGGGGAGGACAGGGAGAAAGAAAAGAAGACCAAAACAGGAGGAGAAAAAACUGUUCAGGGUGAGCAGAGCAGCAGUGAUGGAGACUUAAAAAACAGUAAAGCAAUUGAGAGGACAGACUUGUUUUCGGACAGCUUGACUCCUCACUCUACCACUGAUUUAACUUCAAGCCCUAAGUUUACGGACUUGGACAAAGCUGUAACCUUUACGUCAUCUCCAUCUCUGUCAUCCCCCAUUUCACAUUUUAUCACAGAUGUUGACGAAGAGGUGAAAAAAACAGCUAAUGGACUGAAAUCCAAAAGCACAAACUUUAUGGAUGCUGGAAGUACUGAGUACCCAAACUUUGAUUCAGACUCUGGUUUUAGGACCACAAGUAGGCCAGCUACAGCUACACCCACAAUAAGUCCACUGGAAGACACAGGACAAAAGGCAAAUGGUGCUACAAUUAGGUUCACUAGCACAACCAAGGAUAAAGGUAGCUCCACUAAGACAACAUUAAUUACCACUACUCCUCGGCAGACUUACACUACUACAUUCUCAGCAGUCACAGACCACAGCCGAUGGACAUCUAAAAAGAACAUUAGCUCACCCACAAAGACUGGUGGUAAACAUACACAAAGCCAAGGACCAAAGCCUAGUGAAAAGCAUAAACCUGGAAUUAAGCCUGAAGCAGACCAAACGCUAAAACAUCCUAAGAAUGACCGUAAACUUGUCCAAGCACCUUUACCUGACAAAAAAACAAAUAAUGACCAAAGGCAAAAGCCCCCUCACCAAAAACCCACAACUGAUCAAAAAUCCACAUCUGUCAAAUCCCCUAAGCCGGUCCAAAUUCCAAAGCAUAACCAGAGGCCUCAGCUUCAUAAUUUACCAAUUGAUGAAGAUCAGAAAAAUGAACAAAUACUUAAAAAUGACCAGGUGCAAACAACUGGUCAAAAUGAGUUACCAACCCAAAAGCCGAAAUCUCAUGAUAAAGCGUUGCCUCCUGUCCAGAAACCUACAUCUCAGAAGAAACUUGUUGCUUUGAACACAACAAACUACAAAGACCCUGCAACUGAACAACAGCCUAUAUCUGAUGAAAUCAUAACACAAAGCCCCAGUGCUGACAAAAUCACAAUCCAUCCUCCUAAGGUAGACAGGCCUGACCAGAGAAAAGACCCUGACAAAAAACUGAAAAGUGAAGACAAUGUAAAAUCUGAUGGAAGGUCAAAUGAAUAUUUCACACCUGUUGGAAAAACUGAAUCUGAAAUAAAUCCAAUGAGUAGUGUCACACCAAACCCAAAUGAAAGCACUCUGAAUGAAUUUAAAGAAAAUGAUCAAAAUCCAUCACUUGAGCCUAAUGCAUCUGUUCGGGUGUCAACACCUGGACCAAAGCCUGCAUCUGAUCGGACUGAUCCUAAAUUAAAGCCUAAACCAAGCCUGCAUAUCCCAAAAAUCAGCCAAAAGCCUAAACCUGGACAGAAUAUCACCAAAAUUAUCCAAAAGCCUAAACCAGGACAGAAUAUCACCAAAAUUAUCCAAAAGCCUAAACAUGGACAGAAUAUCACCAAAAUUAUCCAAAAGCCUAAACAUGGACAGAAUAUCACCAAAAUUAUCCAAAAGCCUAAACCUGGACAGAAUAUCACCAAAAUUAUCCAAAAGCCUAAACCAGGACAGAAUAUCACCAAAAUCAACCAAAAGCCUAAACCUGGACAGAAUAUCACCAAAAUUAACCAAAAGCUUAAACCCGGACAGAAUAUCACCAAAAUUACCCAAAAGCCUAAACCAGACCAAGCACCUAAAGACAAAUUCAAAACAUCUGACCUUGACCAAAUCCCUGAAGCAGAAUCCAAUACAACACUCAAACGAUGGCCUUCUCCUGAACUCAGGCCUUCAACCAGACCUACAAUUAAUCCAGGUGCAACACCUGCUCAAAAGUUAAAACCAGCAGUUCAGUCAGAGUCAACCCCAAAGACCAAAACAGAUCUAGAUCCAACUUUUAUCAGUGGGGUGGCUUCAGAAAGCACCCAUGACACUGAAACUGGUAUACAACCUACAUCUGGUCCUAUAAAACAGAGUACUGGGGUGACUCAUUCCCAAAGGGGCACAGAGUUCAGUCCCAGUGAUAGGAAACCCAGUCCUCUGGGUCCGAAGACCUCUAACACCAUGGACCCUGAUCCCUUUCCUCAUCUCAGUAUUCUCCCAGAAGGAUUCACAUUGAGUCCAACAGGAAGAAUUAAAUCUGAUCUGAGAACACAAACAACCAUUCAACCACCAUCAAUCUUAUGGACAACAAGACCAAAAACCGUCAUUGGUGGGAGCUCCAAAAGUCUUAUUUCUAGCACCACUCCAGGAUCCACAAGUCUAUCUUCCAAUACUGACUCCAAAUCACAAUCUAAGAUAUUUGAUAAUGUAGAUGAAAUAGCAUCCAGCCAAACUACAACCAGAGACAAAACAACAACCUCAGUCCCUUAUUCCAAUGUCCAAACUACCUCCACAGUCAGCUCUGACUUCAGGUCAAACCAAUAUUUCAUACCUAUUGAAAAGACUGAAUCUGAAACAAGUACAAGUAGCGUCACGCCAAAUCCAAAUGAAAACCAUGUGAGUGAAUUUAAAGAAAAAGAUCAAAGUCCUUCAGCUGAGUCUAAUAUAUCUGUUCAGGACUCAACAUCUGGACAAAAGCCUACACCUGAUCGGACUGACACUAAUCUAAAACUGAAACCAAACCAGCGAAUCCCAAACAAAAACCAAAAGCCUAAACCUGGACAGAAUGUCACCAAAAUUAUCCAAAAGCCUAAACCAGGACAGAAAGUCACUAAAAUUAUCCAAAAGCCUAAACCUGGACAGAAUGUCCCUAAAAUAAACCAAAAGCCUAUACCAGGACAGAAUGUCCCUAAGAUUGACCAAAAGCCUAAACCAGGCCAGGUACCUAAAAUCAACCAAAAACACCCUAAGUUUGAGACAGACCAAAAAACAAAGCUUAAGCCUAAACCUGAACAGGCACCAAAAGACAAAUAUGAAACACCUGAGUUUGACCAAAUCCCUGAAGGAGAAUCCAACACAACACCCAAACAAUGGCCUUCUCCUGGACUCAGGCCUCCAACUAGACCUGUAUUCAGUCCAGUUGCAACACCUGCUCCAAAACUCAAACCAGCAGUUCAGUCAGAGUCAACUGCAAAGACCAAAACUGAUCUAAAUCCAACUUUUAUCAGUGGGGUGGCUUCAGAAAGCACCCAUGACACUGAAACUGGUAUACAACCUACAUCUGGUCCUAUAAAACAGAAUACUGAGGUGACUCAUUCCCAAAGGGGCACAGAGUUCAGUCCCAGUGAUAGGAAACCCAGUCCUCUGGGUCCAAAGACCUCUAACACCCUGGACCCUGAUCCCUUUCCUCAUCUCAAUACUCUCCCAGAAGGAUUCACAUUGAGUCCAACAGGCAGAAUUAAAUCUGAUCUGAGAACACAAACAACUGCUCAAUCAUUAUUGAUCCCAGGGACAACAAGAUCAAACACAAUCUUUGGUGGGACCCUCAAAAGUCUUAUGUCUAGCACCACUCUAAGAUCCACAAGUUUAGCUUCUAAUACUGACUCCAAAUCACAAUCUAAGAUAUUUGAUAAAGUAGAUGAAAUAGAAUCCAGCUGGACUACAACCGCAGACAAAACAACAACCUCAGUCCCUUUCCCCAGGGUCCAAACUACCUACACAGUCAGCUCUGACUUCAGGUCAACAACCACUCCCACCUCUGCCUCCAAGUCCAAACAAACUUUUAUGCCUAUUGAAAUGACUGAAUCUGAAAAAAGUACAAGUAGCAUCACACCAAAUCCAAAUGAAAACCGUGUGAGUGAAUUUAAAGAAAAGGAUCAUAGUCCUUCAAGUGAGCCUAAUAUACCUAUUCAGGACUCAACAUCUGGACAGAAGCUUACACCUGAUCAGACUAACACUAAACUAAAGCUGAAACCAAACCAGCAAAUCCCAAAAAUAAACCAGAAGCCUAAACCUGGACAGAAUAUCACCAAAAUUAUCCAAAAACCUAAACCUGGACAGAAUGUCACCAAAAUUAUCCAAAAACCUAAACCUGGACAAAAUGUCCCUAAAAUCAACCAAAAGCCUAAACCUGGACAGAAUGUCCCCAAAAUCAACCAAAAGCUUAAACCAGGACAGAAUAUCACUAAAAUCAACCAAAAGCCUAAACCAGGCCAGAUACCUAAGAUCAACCAAAAACAGCCUAAGUUUGACACAGACCAAAAAACAAAGCUUAAGCCUAAACCUGAACAGGCACCAAAAGACAAAUAUGAAACACCUGACCUUGAUCAAAUCCCUGAAGGAGAAUCCAACACAACACCCAAACAAUGGCCUUCUCCUGGACUCAGACCUUCAACCAGACCUGUAUUCAGUCCAGGUGCAACACCUGCUUCAAAGCUCAAACCAGCAGUUCAGUCAGAGUCAACUGCAAAGACCAAAACAGAUUUAGAUCCAACUUUUAUCAGUGGGGUGGCUUCAGAAAGCACUCAUCACACUGAAACAGGAAUACAACCUACAUCUGGUCCUAUAAAACAGGGUACUGAGGUGAACCAUUCCCAAAGAGGCACAGAGUUCAGACCCAGUGAUAGGAAACCCAGUCCUCUGGGUCCAAAGACCUCUAACACCCUGGACCCUGAUGCCUUUCCUCAUCUCAAUAGUCUCCCAGAGGGAUUCACAUUGAGUCCAACAGGAAGAAUUAAAUCUGAUCUGAGUCCACAACCAACCAUUCAACCACCAUCAAUCUUAUGGACAACAAGACCAAAAACAUUAAUUGGUGGGACUCUCAAAAGUCUUAUGUCUAGCACCACUCCAAGAACCACAAGUUUAGCUUCUAAUACUGACUCCAAAUCACAAUCUAAGGUAUUUGAUCAUGUAGAUGAAAAAGAAUCCAGCCAAACAACCACCCGAGACAAAACAACAACCUCAGUCCCUUAUUCCAAUGUCCAAACUACCUCCACAGUCAGCUCUGACUUCAGGUCAAACCAAUAUUUCAUACCUUUUGAAAAGACUGAAAUCAAAACAAGUACAAGUAGUAUUACACCAAAUCCAAAUGAAAACCUGGUGAAUGGGUUAAAAGAAAAGGAUGAAAAUCCAUCACUUGAACCUAUUAUAUCUGUUCAGGACUCAACGUCUGGACAAAAGCCUACACCUGGUCGGUCUGAUGCUAAGCUAAAACCAAAACCAAACCAGCAGAUGCCAAAAAUAAACCAAAGGCCUGUACCAGGACAGAAUGUUACCAAAAUAAACCAAAAGCCUAAACCAGGACAGAAUAUCACCAAAAUUAUCCAAAAGCCUAAACCUGGACAGAAUGUCCCUAAAAUCAACCAAAAGCCUAAACCUGGACAGAAUAUCACCAAAAUUAUCCAAAAGCCUAAACCUGGACAGAAUAUCACCAAAAUUAUCCAAAAGCCUAAAACUGGACAGAAUAUCACCAAAAUUAUCCAAAAGCCUAAACAUGGACAGAAUAUCACCAAAAUUAUCCAAAAGCCUAAACCUGGACAGGAUGUCCCUAAAAUCAACCAAAAGCCUAAACCUGGACAGGAUGUCCCUAAAAUCAACCAAAAACCUAAACCAGGCCAAGUACCUAAAAUCAAUCAAAAACGUCCCAAGUUUGAGACAGACCAAAAAACAAAGCUGAGACCUGAACCUGAAAAAGCACCAAAAAACAACUUUGAAACAUCUGACCAUGACCAAAUACCUGAAGGAGAAUCCAACACAACAUCCAAACAAUGGCCCUCUCCUGGACUCAGGCCUUCAACCAGACCUGUAUUCAGCCCAGAUGCAACACCUGCUUCAAAGCCCAAACCAGCAGUUCAGUCAGAGUCAACCCCAAAGACCAAAACAGAUCUAGAUCCAACUUUUAUCAGUGGGGUGGCUUCAGAAAGCACCCAUGACACUGAAACUGGUAUACAACCUACAUCUGGUCCUAUAAAACAGAGUACUGAGGUGACUCAUUCCCAAAGGGGCACAGAGUUCAGUCCCAGUGAUAGGAAACCCAGUCCUCUGGGUCCGAAGACCUCUAACACCCUGGACCCUGAUGCCUUUCCUCAUCUCAAUACUCUCCCAGAAGGAUUCCCAAUGAGUCCAACAGGAAGAAUUAAAUCUGAUCUGAGACCACAAACAACCAUUCAACCACCAUCAAUCUUAUGGACAACAAGACCAAAAACUGUCAUUGGUGGGACCGUCAAAAGUCUUACGUCUAGCACCACUCCAAGAUCCACACAUCUCUCUUCUAAUACUGACUCCAAAUCACAGUCUGUAUUGGAAAAUGUCAAAGAAACAGCAUCCAGCCAAACUACAACCCCAGACAAAACAACAACCUCAGUCCCUCCCCCCAGCGUCCAAACUACCUCCACAGUCAGCUCUGGCUUCAGGUCAACAACCACCACCUCUGGCCCUGAGGCUCCUGCUGAGGCCUCCACUCCCACUGCACGUGAGCUGCGGGUAAAAAUUAACCAGGUGGCUGCUUUCCUCAAUAACAGUAUUAAUCCAAAAUUAAGACCCUCAGACACGACCUCCAAGGAUCAUCCUGACGUGGAUGGCAGAGGCAGCACCUUCUCAACACUCCCACCUAAAGUUAUCAGAGACUGCUCGGACCACCUUCUGAGAGGGAAGACGGACAGUGGAGUGUACCUGGUGACCCCUGACCCCAGCCGCAGCUUCUCAGUCUUGUGUGACAUGGAGCUGAACGGAGGAGGAUGGACAGUCCUGCAGCGCCGGAAAGACGGCACCGUGAACUUCAACCGCCUCUGGGACGACUAUAAGGACGGAUUUGGGGACAUAAACGGGGGGGAGUUCUGGCUGGGCAAUAAUCUGAUCCACCUGUUGACCCGGGAGAGGGACAUGAUGCUGCGGGUAGAGCUGGAGGACUUUGACGGGGUGACGGAGUUUGCAGAGUAUGAGCACUUCAAGGUUGCAAGUGAGCGCAUGCGCUUUAGACUGACAGUGAGCGGGUACUCGGGCACCGCGGGCGAUGCCCUCCGCUUCAGCAAGAGAUACGACCACAACAACAGGGCCUUCACCACCCCGGACCGGGACCACGACCGGUACCCAUCCGGGAACUGCGGGGCCUACUACAGCUCCGGGUGGUGGUUUGAUGCAUGCAUGGCCGCAAACCUGAACGGGAAAUACUACAGCGGAAGGUACAAAGGAGUCCGGGACGGGAUCUUCUGGGGAACGUGGCACAACAUCUCCACAGAGUACUACCCCACUAAUGAGAGACAGUCUUUUAGAAGUGUCAGGAUGAUGAUCAGACCAAAGGGCUUCAAGCCAUGAGAUGAGCUCAAGUGACUGUGACUUUCUGCCAAAGAAUGUUCAACAAAUAAUUAACUUCAAACUUCAACCAUAAGCUCCAGAAGAUGCUCCUUGCAUUUUAAUAUCAUAGUCCACGCAGUUAUUGUUGCCUACACUAUUAACACAAUGCUGCCUCCUUGUGUUUGAUUCAUUAAUAGUGGUUUGUUUACAGGAUGAAGCUGAGGGUGUACAUAGUUGGUUAGUCCUACUUGCAGAGUAUCCAUCCAUACUUUUUUUUUUUUUUUAAUAUCAAAAUUUCAUAAUGUUUUUUUGUCGAUGGUGGAAAAUGUCCAAUGACAACAGAGGGAAAUCCUCUUCUGAAGAAUUAUUUUUUAUUUUCAGUGAAUAUUUGAACAUUGUUACAGUGAUAGAGUCCUGUAAUAAUGGUUUAUCAACGAUAAUUAUGAUUUUUUUAAACAUGGUUUUA